AUGUCGACCAGCUGGCGCCCAGGAAAGCGCGUUGUGAUCGCAGGCGGCGGUCCCGGUGCGAUCUCGACUGCUUUGGCACUCAUCAGUCACGGCUUUGACGUGCGCGUGUACGAGCGGCAGCAAGAGUGUCGGCCCAUCGGCGGAGCCGUGCUGCUCAGCGUUCCUGUGCUCUGCGUGUUGCGCUCGUACGGCAUCGGGGUGGACACCAUUGGCGCUUUCACCGUCACUCACUUCUACAACAGCAAGGGCAAAGAGCGCGUCGAGCUGCCAUUCAAUGAAAAUAUCGAGCAAAACACAGGCAUCCCUGGCUGGCACUAUGGCGUUCUGCGCUCGUCGAUCUACAGAAAGAUGCUCGAUCAACUCCCCAAAGACGUCAUCUACACCGGCCACGAAUUUCAAUCCUUCACCGAGAAGGACGGUCAGGUGCAUGUCAACUUUGCCAAUGGCGAGUCGGUAAUCGCAGACAUUCUUGUGGGCGCUGAUGGCAUCCGCUCCGCCGUCUCGCGCCAGGUGUGGGGCGAUCCAAAACUUUUUCAUGUCGGCAUCCGCCUGUACCUGGCGUGGUGCGACCAGUUCGACGGCAUUCCGGCCAAUCAGGGCAUCAUCCAUCACUCGAGCAACGUCCAGGCCAGCUUCUUCCCCAUGAAGCACGAGGGCAAACCGGGUUUCGAGUGGUGGGUCGUAGAGCCUUCGUACGAGGGCAAACCCGUGCCAAAAGACGUCCAGGGUCACGUCACCAAGCUGCUCAGCGAGUUCGCCGAACCCAUGCCCAUGUUUGCUGAAAAGACCAACUUUUCCACCAACGUCUUCCGCUGGGAGGUGUACAACCGACCGUCGAUGAAAAAGUGGAGUAAAGGACGGGUCGUCUGCCUCGGAGACGCCGUCCAUCCCGUCUCUCCAUAUGCAGCCUAUGGCAUGGGUAUGGCCAUCGAAGACGGAUACUACUUAGCCAGGAGCCUCUCUCAAGUGGACAAUCUUACCGAUCAGCAGGCUGUCACGGCCGCUUUCGAGCGCUUCGAAGCCGAAAGGGUCGAGUAUGUCAACCACAACAUGGAAUUUGCACGGUACAUUGGCUACAUGUUCCACUCCACACCUUGGCCUUUGACCUGGAUCCGCGAUUUGAUCCUCGACUACACCCCUUUCCUCAGCGUCUUUCUUAAGCGCGGAUACCUCGAAAAUAGCGAGAAGGAGACCAUGAACCUCACCGAGCUUUUUGUAAGGUAG